GUCACUGUGGCCGACCUACGUGAAUAUGGCGGAGGCUUCCUCACAGCCGCGCUACUUCUGCCACCGCUGCUCGGCCGAGAUUCUCCCCCGCCUGCCGGAAUACACCUGUCCAAGAUGUGACUCUGGUUUUAUAGAAGAAUUACUCGAUCAAGCUCCAAGAAAUGCUGAAAAUGGCUCGAAUUCAACAGCUUCCACAAGUGACCAGACUCGGCAGUUAUUUGAGGGUUUAGACCAGCACUUGCUUUCCUUACCGCAAGGAAGCUAUGGACAGUUUACAUUUGGUAUUUUGGAUGAUCCCUUUGAUCCCUUUUCCUUUGGGACAAAUCAUACCUCAGAAGAAAACCGAGACUCUGAAAGCAGGAGGGAGCGGGAGCACCAGUCACGUCCGCGGUAUAGUUCCAGGCAAUCCCGAGCACCCCGCUUCCCGUCACGGCGGCCUACAACACGGAAUGAAGGAGUGCCAACUCUUGAAGGAAUAAUUCAGCAAUUGGUCAAUGGAAUCAUUGCGCCCACAGCAGUGCCACAUUUAGGAUUGGGUCCAUGGGGUGUCUUGCAUUCAAAUCCAAUGGAUUACGCAUGGGGAGCCAAUGGUUUGGACACGAUCAUUACACAGCUGCUGAAUCAAUUUGAAAAUACUGGCCCGCCUCCUGCUGACAAAGAGAAAAUCAAAACUCUUCCCACUGUUCAAAUAACAGAUGAACAUGUAGGUUCUGGUGUAGAAUGCCCCGUGUGUAAAGAAGACUACAGUGUUGGAGAAACAGUUAGGCAACUCCCAUGCAACCAUUUAUUCCACAAUGACUGUAUAAUACCUUGGCUAGAAAUGCAUGACACUUGUCCAGUCUGUCGGAAAAGCUUAAGCGGGCAAAACACAGCAACAAAUCCUCCUGAUUUAUCAAGGAUGAACUUUUCCUCAUCAUCAUCCUCCUCUGCCUCAAGUUCACCAAGUAACGACAAUUCAACAAACAAUUCCUGAACUAUUUUUUAAAGACAGCAUCCAAGGCUACUGUUUUCAUAAUGCAACAGUGUUUGAUGACUACCAUGACACAUUUUAUAAUUUAAAUUAUUGUAUUAUGCAUGGCGCAAAGAAAGCCAGAGUAAAUGGAGAUUCUUAACCAAGAACUCUUUUCUAAAAAUGUCAACUCAAACAUGAAUACCCACUUUUUUCCAUAUUGACUUGUUUUAUAGAUCUAACUUGCGGGACCGAUUUAAAACAUUUCUUAUUGACAAGCUGCUAUGUUUUAUUUUAUUUCAUCUCACUGUGGGUAGACGAACCCCGUGUGCACAUUGCUGUGAUCAUACUGCUGUGAAUUAUUUUAAGCAGUGGAAGAAUUCUGCUGUUCCUUUGCAAACAAAUUUGAAGCUUUAACCAUCGUAAUGCAUUUUAAAGUUAACUCAGCUGUUGGAUAUCUGGGUAUUUUCAUUUCAUUUUAUAGUCCUUGGUUUUGUUUUUCUCAUACUAAAAAGGGAUUAUUUUUUCAAAAGUAUCUUUUUAUUGGAUUGGCCAUUUUAUAGUUGCUGUGGAAAGCUCUGCCGGACACAACACCAUCCCAUUUUUUAUUCAGUAGAAAGUGGGGCAAUGUUUGCUUCAGAUUAAAUCGAAGGGCAUGUGUGUAUGGGGUAUGCAAAUAUAUUCGAAAAUGUAUCUUAAAACAUUGAAGUGAUGAUUACAUAUCUGCUGAAAAUGAUUUUUAAAUCAGUUCUUGCUGUCUUUAAAUCUGAAAAUAUUUGAAUCAUGGAAGAACUGCAAUGCCUCUAUUGACUUAAUUUGAAGUGGUUUAAGAUGCAGUCCAGCAACAUUUAUUAAUCAGCGCCUGGCCUGUCUAUCAUCUGUCACUUACUGUAUAUGUAGAAAACCAGACUGGCUUACUUUGUAAGCUUGGGUUUCCUGGUAAGAUACAAAAUCUAAAGAUGUGCCCAAUGGUAUGCUUGUCAGUAGGUAACACAUAGUGUACAGGAAUGUGAUACAAGCAAAUACCCAGUAAACUUGGGGCAUUUACUAAGUUUGUUAAUAUUGUAUCGCCAUCAAUUGUAUACAUGUCAGUGAAUAAUCAUUACAUUUUUAAAAACUGCUUUGUCCUUGACUCUUUGCACCUGAGCAGCAUUUUCUUGAAAGGCACCAACCUAAUUGAUCAAUGAUAUGAAACUUCCCACUUUAAUCAUUAAAAUGACAGAACAUAGAUGUUUUUCAUUUACCUUUGUCGUAACAAAACCUGUAUACUUUAGUGAUACAUAGCACACUAGUCAGUGAAAUAAAUUAUAGUGUAUAUUUUGCAAGGACCUAAGUGAUUUGACGUAUCUGUGUUUUAAGCAGAGAAAGGUAUAGCGUUGGUGUAAAGUUAGGAAAGAGUAAAUGGAAAUACAUUUAUAGUUUACAUUUCUAUGUCUGUCUCGUAAACUUGAAUGUUGUUUCAUUAAAGUAAAUACUGGGAGAAUUUUUUACCAUGCACUUUGGUGAUUUGGACUACAAGUCUUAAACUUACAAAAUAAUCUUUUAGUUCAAAUCUGCUAAGGCUUGUAGGUGAAGACUUUGGACUUCCACACGGAUGAGUUUGUUCUUUAAUUGUGGAUGUCUGCUGGGAAGCAUUUGAAUCUGAAAGCUUGAGUAAACGCACUUGGGACCUGAAGUGGUGAGACUUAGUAGAGACGGAGAAAUUGUAUGAAGAUUUAAAUUGCCUAAUGUCAUUUUUUUUUAAUUGAUUAGAAUAGAACAGUACUUUACAUAAACCUAAACUUCAUCAUAAGUUUCUGGACAACCUUGAUAAAAUUACAGCAUGUACAUGUAAAUAUACAUUAACAAUUCUGGAUGUGAAUGUAGGUGAAUAUUCCUGAAUAUUAUUAAGAUAUAUAAGAACUUGACACUCCAUGCCUGAAUUUUAAAUUGACUCCUGGGACAAAAACUGAAUUAUUGUGGUUUUGACUGCGGAGGUAUUUUAGAGUAGUAAAUGAAUCUCUUUUUGGUAUAUGGAAGAAUUUGGUUUGUCAUCUCUGAGUAAAGGGAAUUUACUUCAAUAAUUCAAAGUUAGUUUUACAUACAUCCCCACUUAACCAAAAAUAAAAUCAAGUUUGCUUCUACCAGUUUUUAUAUAGCUGUCCCAAACUUAAAUGGAAAGGUUUCCAUCAAAUUACAAAGUUUCAUUUUCAAUUAGAUUUUUGAAUUUUGCUUAAUGUCUCCACUGAUGUAUUACCCACUGACAAGAAUAUCAAUGCAUAUAUUUCUGCUCCAGACUAAGAGAUGAGUGCAAUAGCUUUGGUGCCCUGAAUUCCAUCAAGCAUCUGAACGAUGUUUUUAACAUCAGUAAAUCUUUUCUAGGUAGGUAUCUUGGAAAUUAUAUUUUAAAAAAUUAUAUUCUGCAUUUGGCAUCUUUUGAUUGAAUAACUUAAUUGAUUUUGGAACAUGAAUUAAAGGUACUUGCAUGGUUUUCAGAUUAAUUUUUAAGAUGCAUUGCACAGUGGAAUUUAGAUUGGAUGUUUUAGGGAUGAUAUUAAUUUUGUUUAAAUAAAGACUUUACCACCUUGUUUUUUCCAUAAGAA